CGAGUGGAGACCUUCAGACGCGCACGUGAUCUCGCCAGGUUGCGCUCGCCAUGCAGCUCGUUAUGUGGCCCGUGGCACUGACGCUGCUUCAAGCAGCGCAAGUACGUGCGCGGAAUUUCACGGCGUUGUGGGGUUUGUGCCCUGAAACUAUUGUGGACCCUUCCGAGAAGCCCAUGUGCGUGCAGACUGCCACAGGAGGCUACAUCACGUUUUCGAAAGCCAUGGACGAUGUGGACUUGUCUGCUCGAGGGAUUCAAGUGGUCGGAAGCCUUCCUAAUGACGUCGUUUCAUUGAAUCUCGCCAACAACUCGAUUCACGAUGUCCCUGCCUACAUCCCGAACAGCCAGCUCACUCGUUUGGACCUUGCCUUCAACUCUUUGUCUCAAACGAGCACGCUGGCAUUACCACCGUCAGUCACAACCUUGGAUCUAAGCCAUAACUUCUUUACACAAUUGCUCCAUUGGAGUGCGCUGGACAACUCGGCCAUCACCAAGCUAGUCCUGAAGAACAACGCACUGACCAUGAUCCGCGAGACAACAUUUCCGCUGUCCCUCAUGGAACUCGACUUGACGGGCAACCCCAUUCUCUCUUUCGAUGUGUCCUCGGCGACGUUUGCGCUGCUGACCAAGCCAAAUUUCGUCUUGAAACUUGACAAACCCGCCUCCGCCGACAUCGUGACGACGUGCGUUGGCAUUCCCAUGCUCCUCCCCAACACAAACACGUAUCUGUGUGUGAACAACGGGGGCCACGACGAUAUUGCGGCCAUGGCAUUCAGUGAGCAGCCGUCCAUUUCGAUUCGUUCUCCUUUCGCAGUGCUUACGCAUGAUGUCACGGUAGGCUUCUUGUCCAAGUAUGCGAUCAUUCUGGUCGCUCUGUUUGCCAUCGUGCUCGUCCUGCGGUGGUACUUGCGACCUCGCCUCGAAAACGAGCUCAUGUCUCGGGACACGUACUUGAGUUCGAAUUGCAACUUUCUCGACAAUGACCCGAUUCAGUAUAGACAGACCGUCAGCGUCGACGUGGCGGCGGCGCCUUCAGCUGCGCAGCGCACUCGGCCUGCUUCCAAUGCGUCUGCGCUAUCGAAUUGAAUACGAAGUAUAAGUUAAGAAGUCACUCUUGAGAAAUGGCCGCCCAUUCCGAAGCGCGGCAGCCGUCGUCCUCGACCAACCCAAACGUCGUCGUCUCCUUGAACGUUGGCUAGCACAUGGAGACACCAGGAGACCUUUCGCAUAAACAUUCCGUUGUGUCCAUCGCGACCGACGUCCCGCAGGCAGCGUGACAAGUAUCCAACCAGGAACAGGGAGUUCUUCGCCAACACGGCGGCUCCGACAAUCGGGCUGUGUACGUGCCGCAGCCACGACAAGUGGCUCACGCAUGACCGGGCUGUGGGCGAGUUGGAGGCGUUGGACAGGGUGGACUGGUCUACUGCGAAUCCCGAGAGCUAUCAAGACCUGUCGUCUUUCGUGGCGGCGGCGGCGUUUCUUCCGGCCACAUGCACAGCCAACAAGAAGACUUCCACCUGUUGUUCAUAUUAAUCACACCAUAUAGAAAUCAAGUUUCAACGC